AUGCCUCUGGAAUUAAUUUAUAAUUAUAAUAGCAGUGAUGAUAAAAAUAAAGAAUGGGUAUUACUCAUCAUUGAUGUAUUUAUGGCAGAAUUGGAUGAAUUUUUGUUGGAAAUGGAUGAAGACACUGAGGGGAUGCAAGGGACCAUCUACUACCUGCAGCAGCAAUUAAGGCAGGCGAAGGAGCGUAUUGCUCAGCUCAAUUCCCAGUUAUCUGUUACUCAAAUUUCAACUUCCCAACCUGGUGAUGACUCUGGUUCCCAGAUAUUGACUGAAGAAGGCAAUAGUGAGUUAAAUAAUGAGAUGGAACAGACAGAAGUGCCACUUGUGCCUCCCCAGCCAAAUGGGGAUGCCACACAUGAUGAGUCACAGAUAAAUAGUGAAGCUUUUGAAUCAGAAACGUCGACAGCAGCAGCUCCUCUCACCAAUGGACGCAAACGGACUCAGAGUGAAAUGGAUGAAGGGGCGAAAGGGGCUGAGGGUGUGGGUGUAGGGAUUGGUGAUGGAGAGGGAGAUACAGGGGAAGGAGACUUUGCUACCAAUGAAGUUGAUGGCCUACCACCUCAAAAACGGACCAGAACUGACGGUGAAGUUGAUCAGGUUGGGGGUGGUGUGGAAGAAGAAAGUACAGUUGUGGAGAAUGAAUUGGAUGAAUUUUUGUUGGAAAUGGAUGAAGACACUGAGGGGAUGCAAGGGACCAUCUACUACCUGCAGCAGCAAUUAAGGCAGGCGAAGGAGCGUAUUGCUCAGCUCAAUUCCCAGUUAUCUGUUACUCAAAUUUCAACUUCCCAACCUGGUGAUGACUCUGGUUCCCAGAUAUUGACUGAAGAAGGCAAUAGUGAGUUAAAUAAUGAGAUGGAACAGACAGAAGUGCCACUUGUGCCUCCCCAGCCAAAUGGGGAUGCCACACAUGAUGAGUCACAGAUAAAUAGUGAAGCUUUUGAAUCAGAAACGUCGACAGCAGCAGCUCCUCUCACCAAUGGACGCAAACGGACUCAGAGUGAAAUGGAUGAAGGGGCGAAAGGGGCUGAGGGUGUGGGUGUAGGGAUUGGUGAUGGAGAGGGAGAUACAGGGGAAGGAGACUUUGCUACCAAUGAAGUUGAUGGCCUACCACCUCAAAAACGGACCAGAACUGACGGUGAAGUUGAUUCAUUGGUUGGGGUGUGGGAAGAAGAAAGUACAGUUGUGGAGAAUGGUGUGACAGAAUCAGAAUAG